CCUCACCUGAGCUCAAAAGUUGCCCGCUGCCAACUCAACAACACUUCAAUCACCCCAAUCUGCAUCAAUUGCACAAUAACAGCCUGAAGUAUAUACCCAGUCACCAUGAGCGUGCGAACAGUCCAAAUCAAACCCUACCAGGACCAGAAGCCCGGCACUUCUGGCCUCCGCAAAAAGGUCAAGGUCUUCCAGAAGGAGAACUAUUCGGAGGCUUUCGUUGCCAGCAUCCUGCAGUCAAUCCCUGAAGGCGUAGCUGGCUCCUUUCUUGUCGUUGGCGGUGAUGGUCGGUACUGGAACCCCGAGGUCACCCAACUGAUCGCCAAGAUCGGCGCUGCGUAUGGCGUCAAGAAACUCUUAAUCGGCCAGAACGGCAUCCUCAGCACACCUGCAGCCAGUCACGUUAUCCGGAUACGGAAAGCAACUGGUGGUAUCCUGCUGACCGCAAGCCAUAACCCAGGUGGCCCCGAGGAGGACUUCGGUAUCAAGUACAACCUGGCCAAUGGCGCACCGGCCCCCGAGAGCGUCACAAACAAAAUCUACGAGACCUCAAAGACCCUCACGUCCUAUAAGAUCGCCGACAUCCCCGACGUCGACCUGAGCACAAUCGGCACUCAGAAAUAUGGAGACCUUGAAGUUGAGAUUAUCCACUCGACUGAGGACUACCUCAAGAUGCUCAAGGACAUCUUUGAUUUCGACCUGAUCAAGUCAUUCCUCAAGCAGCACUCCGACUUCAAGGUUCUCUUCGAUGGCCUAAGCGGUGUUACGGGCUCAUACGGUGUCGACAUUUUCGAGAAAGAGCUUGGCAUCCCGAACAGCACGCAGAACUGCAUACCUAAGCCAGACUUUGGCGGCCAUCAUCCCGAUCCCAACCUUGUCUAUGCCAAAUCUUUGGUCGACGCGGUUGAUAAGAAUGGUAUCCACUUCGGCGCAGCUAGUGACGGUGACGGCGACCGAAACAUGAUCUACGGCGCAAAUAGCUUUGUCUCACCCGGUGACAGCUUGGCCAUCAUUGCCCACCAUGCCGAGCUCAUUCCAUACUUCAAGAAGCAGGGCAUCUAUGGUCUAGCACGAAGCAUGCCCACAUCUGGUGCAAUUGAUCUUGUCGCAAAGAAGAAGGGCGUGGAGUGUUACGAGGUGCCCACAGGCUGGAAGUUCUUCUGUGGUCUCUUUGACUCUGACAAGAUGAACAUCUGUGGUGAGGAGAGCUUUGGAACUGGCAGCAACCACAUCCGUGAGAAGGAUGGCUUAUGGGCUGUUGUUGCUUGGCUCAACAUCCUUGCUGGAGUCGGACAGCAGAGCGGUACUACACCCAGUAUUGCCUCGGUUCAGAAGGACUUCUGGGAGACAUACGGACGCACCUUCUUCACCCGCUACGACUACGAAGGUUGCGAGACCGAGGGCGCAAACAAGGUUACUAGCCACAUGAAGGAGCUCAUCACAACAAAGAAGGACGAGUUCCUCGGCUCAACUGUCUCCGGUCGCAAGGUCGUCGAGGCUGACGACUUCUCUUACACGGACCUCGACGGUAGCGUCAGCAAGAACCAAGGUAUCUAUGUAAAGUUCGACGACGGCAGCCGCAUUGUCGUUCGCCUGUCUGGUACCGGUAGCAGCGGCGCUACUAUCCGUUUGUACAUUGAGAAGCACACGAGCGACGAGUCUACCUACGGCCUAGACGCACAAGACUACCUCAAGGACAACGUGAAGCUGGCGACCGAUCUCUUGAAGCUACAGGAGUACAUUGGCCGCACCGAGCCUGAUGUCAAGACUUAAGGGAUUUGAAAGCAAAGACACGGGACUUGAUGCCUGAGAAUGAUAGCGUGUGAAGAGGCCAGGACCUAAUCGUAGCAUAAAUCACUUCAGCAGUUAGCAUUGCAAAUACAUGCAGCACGUAAUAUAAUGCGAUACGUGCACUUGUGGGACU